AUGCUGGACGGCUCGGAUCAAACUAAUUGCAGCAUUUGCUGCUGCACGUCCCUUAAAAUCUUAAUGGUAGUUUUCAUGAUCGUGUUGAUCAUUGCUACCUUGUUUGGAAAUUCGCUGAUUCUGGUUAUUUUCCUCGGGACCAAGCACUUCCACACCCCGCAAGGGUACCUGAAAGCGUCCUUAGCUGUGGCUGACUUAGCGGUGGGGAUAUUUGUGGUCCCCUUUUCUGUUUAUGCAGAAAUAUCAUUCAUGAUAAGUGACUACUUCGGAGCAGACUGGACUAACAAUAACAACUGGUUCGGUAGCGUUAUCCAUCCCUGCAAUUUAAUCGGUCCGAUUUUUGCUGGCUGUACGUUGGUCUCAAUUACAACAAUAUUUCUGCUCACUAUUGAACGGAGCAUUGCUAUUCUGAAACCUCUACACAAAGAGGCAUUUAUCACAAGAAAAAGGACAACAAUUCUUAUAGCCAUAUCGUGGCUGGCCAGUUUCUUUCUAGCUGUCUCUCCCAUGAUUUUCAGCAGGAAUAUUGUUUUGGAAUACAACGCCUGCAGUAGGAUGUGUAACUACGCUUUAGGGGACAACCAGUCCCCUACCAGUAGCUGGCACAUUCUAUUGCUUUUCCCGGCUUUUGAUUUUACUCUUCUUGGUGGCACUGUUGUCAUAAAUAUAUUAUCAUUAACCACCAUACGACAACAUUCUAAAAGGAGGAAAUUUUUGGCAGAAACUGACAACCAAUGCAGUAUCAGAAGACCUAGUUUUUCUGAUAUCAAAGCUGCGAAGACGAUAGGGACCUUAACCCUUGCUUUUACUGCUUCUUUCACUCCGAUCGCGGUGUUCGUAGUGGGCAAUGUCAUCGGGAAUGAGUGGUGUAAUUUUUCAUUCUUUGCCUUUUGGAUACUGACCACCAACAGUUGUUGGAAUGUUAUCAUCUACAGUGUGAGAGAUCAAAAAUUCAGACACCGAGCUCAGCAACUGCUGGUAGCGAAUGACAGAACAAACGAGCAUAAACGAUAACCAAUUUUCUUCAAUCGAACAGACACAGACACAGACACACAC